CCAAAUGUCCCGGACUUGUCCAGCUUUUGUCUGUUGUUCCGAUCGUCUCGCAUUUGUCGUCUGAUCGAAUCCCAGUGCUACAGUCCAGCAGUCGGAGAAGCCGGCCGUACUUGAGCGGCUUGAUUAUGAAAGAAUAUUUCGCCGUAAAUGGCUCUCGGAACUCACUUCCUGGAGGAGCUAGAAUUGCUAAAAAGGGGACUACCAACGGAUGGAAUUCAGUAUCAGAAAGACCUGUCGAGGAAGAAAGCAUCGACCAUCUCACAUGCGAGGAUGAGCAGAUACCAUCCUGUGCAAGUAACAUAAUGUCACCCCAAGGAUCCGGUUUUCAACAAAAUGUAGGAUUUACAGGACUAAAUAAUCUCGGAAACACAUGUUUUAUGAAUUGUGUGCUUCAAGCUCUCGCAAACAUUCGGGAUCUUCGAGAUUAUUUUCUAAGCCACAAUUUUCUUCAAGAUCUCAAUGAAGAAAAUCCACUCGGCACUGGUGGUCGACUAGCAAAAGCCUUUUAUACAACAUUGAAAAACUUGUGGUCUGGUAAUGAUACUUAUGAUCCAGCAAGGUUGCGGAAUAUUGUAGCAAAAAAAGCUCCUCAGUUUUUGGGAAUUAUGCAACAGGAUGCGCAAGAGUUCAUGUCAUUCUUUCUUGAUGCUUUACAUGAGGAUUUGAACAGAGUUCGAAAUAAACCAAUAUUUGAAGUGGGUGAUUAUGAUGGUUAUCUAGAUGAGGAGGUUGCGAGAAUUUCUUGGAAAUUGUAUAAGUCUCGUAAUGAUUCGUUUGUAAUAGAUAAGUUUCAUGGCUUGUAUAAAUCAAGAUUGUUAUGUCCUGUUUGCGAAAAAGAAUCAAUAACUUUUGAUCCGUUUCUUUUUCUAUCUGUUCCUUUACCUAAACCAACAAAAAGUGUUCCCGUUAUAUUCUUCCCAUUGCUUGAUGACACAAAACCUUUAUUCAUUGAUAUCAAAAUAUCUGAAGAAGGCGGCCUUGCGUCAGAUGUUUUAAAUCACAUCGUAAAGACUUACGGCAUAAAUUCUCAAAACUUAAGAGUGUUUUUAACAGAAUCUGGAAAAAUAGUCAGAACUAUUCCACCAAGUUCACUUUUGCCCUAUUUGACAUCACCAGAAUCGCUUAUCGUGUGUGAGAUUUCACAAUCUGAAGAACCAAGCCAUGAAAUCAUUCUUAUGCAAAAGAAGGAGACUCCAAAGAUGGUUGAUAAUUGCGCAAAGUGCGGAAAAUGUGAAGACGAAUUGGGCUUCAAAAUCAAGCGAUGUUUGAAGUGUAAAUCAGUCGGAUAUUGUGGUCAAGAUUGUCAGAGAUCUGACUGGCCUCAGCAUAAGCUAAAAUGUAAUCAGAUAAGAUUUAUUGGUUGUCCAUUGUUUUUGAACAUACAGUCAUCAAUGGCUAAUUACCACAAAAUUUGUGAUAUUGCAUAUUCAAAUGCAAGGCAUUCAGUGAAAAUCCUCAAUGAUGAAAGAAUGGAAGGUAUAUCAAAGUUUGAUGGAUUAAAAAGAAAUUUGAAAGAAAGUGAAAAAGCAGCAAUAGCGUGUGCAUAUGUUGGAGACUCCCUACCUGCUUAUAUGAAACACGAGAGCAUGUUUAAUCUAUACAUUUGCCAUGAUGAAAAGCUAACAAAUAUGACAUUGCUCGAAAAUAAAGCUGGCGAAAAAAUCGAUCUAACUGAUGUCACACACUUUGUGAUUGAGUGGAAAAUUGGUGUUAAUGUUGCAGAAAAGCCUUUACAUUCAGGCAUGAAAUUUGGCAGGCAUAAUAAUACAACCUUACAAGAUUGUAUACAAUUAUUCACAGAGCCCGAAGUGUUAGCCAGAGAAGAAGCAUGGUAUUGUCCGAGAUGCAAGAAACACAGAGAAGCGACAAAAGAAUUAUCACUUUGGCAGCUGCCCGAUGUUCUUGUUAUACAGCUCAAACGAUUCUCUUUCAGGAACAGACUUUGGCGUGAUAAAAUUGAUAAACUUGUCACAUUUCCUGUUAAAGGUUUAGAUAUGAGUCCAUUUUGUAUAAAACAGCAGACAGAGCCACCUGUAUAUGAUUUGUUCGGAGUUGUCAAUCACCACGGUGGCUUGUUUGGCGGACAUUACACUUCUUUUGUUCAAUUAGCGGAUGAAAAUGGCGGAGACACUGAUCUUGGAUGGCGUCUAUGUGAUGAUACACAUGUGACCACAGUCAGGUCAGAAAAAGAAGUUGUCACAAGUUCAUCUUAUGUAAUGUUCUAUCACAGACGUAAAAAACAAUCUGUUUUAAGUGGGGAUUGUUUGUCUGAUGAUCAAUUUACACAACUGAACAUGCCCCAUCAUUCUAAUGAAAUAAAAUGCACUGAACAGUGCUCUGAAAUUAAAGACAGAAAUGUGAAAGUUCCAAGACAAUCAAAGAUAGCCAAACAACCAGAUGAAAAAAAUUCACCCAUCAAGCAGAAAGCGUCACAGUCAACACUUAGUACAGAUAACAAAUUAACAAGUAAUGAUGAAAAAUCUGAUCGGUGUCCACACGAAGAAAAAAGCAUUGAAAUGAAUGUCUCAGCUAAAGUCGAUACAACAAAACAGGAAGCACCUCUGCCAUAUACCGAUAUGGAUGCUAUGGAUUAAUUUACACCAUUUGUUAUGUUCGAUGAUACUUCCACCCCCAUUAUAAUGCAUUAUUACACUUGCGUUGUUGUUUGAAACCAUAUAUUAAUAAUCACUAGUAGAAAUAUUCUCGAGAUGUUAUUUUCAUGCUCCAUGCAAAUAUCAAGAACUAUCAACGUCAUGUUGCUCCCAUUAAAUAACCAUUUAUCCAUAAUUUUAUUUAUUUAUUCUCAUCAUCUCAUGCAUAAGAUGAAAUGUUUUUAUAUUGAUUUGUUUUGAAAAUCACAACAAGAUUGCAGAAUUCACAAAGUAGCUAGUCUUCGUCACUUUAAAUGCCUAGGGUUAUGGAUGAAAAGUCCACAAGAUGUACAUUAUAUGUUAAGAUGUUUAAAAUUCUCUGAAAGAAUUAAGAUUAUUUCCACUGAAUGAAAUUUUUCCUCUGUGUGCCAUGUCAGUAUCCAUUCAUUUCUUUUUUUAUUGCGUGCCUGGUUUAAUUUUUGAGUGCAUUUUUUCGACCAAUGUGAUAUUGCUCCUCUGUAUAUAAAUCCCAAAUGUUAUAGGUGAUAGCAAUUGGCUAGCAUUAGCAUUGCUCAAUUUGUUCAUAAUGGCGGCCAUAAGAAUUAGAAGUUUAGGUUUGGACAAAAUGCUGAAAUUUUAAUGUAGUUUUGAGCUUUUAGUUGUAAACAUAUAUGACAAGAAUCUGCUUUCUAUUGUUCUCGACUAUCCUGUCUGUACACAGUUACAUGUAUAAUAAGUAUUUUACAUCUUGUGCUUGGUG